AUGAAGUGCGAUUGCCUUGCCAGAAGAGCUAUUCUCUUCGUCACGUUCAUUAUAGCGACCACUGUUCUCUAUGGCUUCACGACCAAAUUCUUGUUCACGGCUCCUAAUUACGACGAUGUGAGCAUUGAUCCGGAAGGAGGAAGUUACUACGAUUACGGAUCCAAGGUUGCUGCUGCUGUCUGGAAAGGUGCUGGUCAAUGGAUUGGCAUGUCUGAACCUAGUCCGGAUAACACGACUAUCUUUCCAGGAGAAGUCAGCAAAGAUGUGAUUGUGUCAUCGCAGGAGCAGCAACUGCAGCCAACCUCAACACCGAUCGAUGAAUUGGAUCCGGAACAGACUUUGAUGACUACUACAAACCAAGAGAAGACGUCAAGAAGACAACGACUGCGACUCCACCGUGUGAACUCGCAAUCAUACCGCUCUCGACCCUGA